AUGUUGAUGUUAUCACCAUCGUUCGCCCUCGGAGCUGCUGUUCUACUCCUUAUCGCUCAUCUUAUCAUCCGUCUCAGUUCGGCUACGGCAAAGGUUCCCGGGCCAUUCAUAUCCAACUUCACUUCGCUCGUGCUAAAAUGGCAUGAACUCAACGCCAACCGUACCGUGUACAUUCAUGAAUUACACAAGAAGUACGGACCCGUUGUGCGUGUUGGGCCCAAUGAGGUUUCCUUCACUUCGAUUGCCGCUCUGAAAGAGAUAUAUGGCUCUGGCGGUAGUGGCUAUGACAAGACGGAAUUCUACGAUCUAUUUCAAGUUUAUGGCAGACGAACCAUGUUCUCAACCUUGGUAAAAUGCGAUCAUGCAAAACGGAGGAGGAUGAUUGGCGACAGAUACGCCAACAGUAACGUAAUGAAGUCUGCCCCUCUGGCUGGAAUACAAGAGCGAUCCAAGAGGUUUCUGGAGCGAUGCGUUGACUCGCCGGACAAAACGGCAGAUGUCUUUAAAAAGGACGACGAAGAGAUGAUGCACCAGGUCGCUGCUGACGACAGCCUGCAGAACCGACUGGUUCAAUACUACAGCCCAGUCCUUCAUAGCCUCGGAGCAAAACUUCUUGCCAGCCUCGCCAAACCUCGAUCAAUUCCACUCGCCGACAACUUUGUCAUUGAGAAUGCCAAAGAGAAUGGAGCGGCGGAUUUCACCGUCUUGAACCGACUCAAGGAGAAGGACAGUGUACUUGAUACUAUUGACAUGGCUGCGGAAUGUCUUGACCAUAUGGCCGCAGGUAUUGAUACGACAGGCGACGUUUUGUGCUUCUUGAUGUGGGAACUCUCGCAGCCUCGAUCGAUCAAGUACCAACGUCUUCUACGAGAGGAGUUUCGAAACAAGGCGGAUGCACCCUUCGACGAGCUGCCCAUGCUGGAUGCCGUGUUGAAUGAGGGACUGAGGUGCUUCCCUGCCAUUCCAAUGUCGUUACCCCGAUACGUUCCUCGUGACGGCCGUAUCAUCGACGGAGUUUCUUUGCCAGAGAAGACAGUUGUUAGCUGCCAGGCCAUGUCAGUUCACCGAAUCAACGAUCAUGUCUUCCCGGACCCCGACAAGUUUUACCCUGAACGCUGGCUAGAGACCGAGGGAGACGCCGGCCGACGACGACAUCAAUGGGCCUUCUCCAGUGGAGGAAGGGGAUGUAUUGGAAAACAUCUUGCCAUGGCGGAAAUGAAGACACUUCUGCGAGACGUGUAUUCACGAUACGAGACUGAGCCAGAUAUUUCCAUGAAGAUCGAGUCUAUGGAGAUGGAUGACCAGUUGAUAUCGUCACGACCUCUUGGGAAGCAAUGUCUACUCAAGUUUGUACCAGUGAAAGACUGA